CUAAUACACAGUGACCUAAAACCACUGCUUGUGUUUAAGUCUCUUUGAUUGGGUACGGCGGCUUUUACAGAUUAACUCGUGUCUUGGUGCAGGAAUGGCAGAGAAAAAGCCUGACGUCUCUCAGCUGCCGACUAGGAAUUGGGUACGAAUUACGCUAACUGCUGCAAGUGUCAAGCCGCUUGAGCAAGUUUCUAAUGAUCUGAUCAAGAGAGCUAAGGAUCAAAAUCUCAAAGUAAAGGGCCCUGUUCGAAUGCCAACCAAGGUUUUACGAAUUACUACUCGAAAAACACCUUGUGGUGAAGGUUCAAAGACAUGGGACAGGUUCCAGUUAAGAAUUCACAAGCGUGUGAUCGAUCUGCUCUCCACAGAUGAAGCUACACAGCAGUUGAAGCACAUAUAUUUGGAACCAGGUGUUAACUGUGAUGUUAAAGUAGCUGGGGAUUUGUAAUUGUGAAUAAAUUAUUCUGACUGGCUUCGUGUUGCAAUGUUGUGCCUUUAAAAUGGAAUCUAAUAUUCUCCUAGUGAGACACAAAGUAUGCUGUUUGUUAACAAUCCUUUGACGUUUUUGUUGGAAUUGUGGAUAAUAUUAACAUAUUACGAAUCUUGGUAUAACAUUCAGAAACUCGGUUUGAAUAUCAGUUCGCAUAAUGAAGUAACUUUGAUUUUAAUCGGAACUAAUUUUCAUCAUGAUAACAUGGUACUUCGAAUAGCUACCACAUUGUCACCGUUCUAUUUAAAGAAGUGUUCACCACUUAGCUGAGAUCAUUGUGAAUUAACUCAGACAGUAAGCUUAUUAUAGAUCUAUAUAUGUUAUUGCCUCUCCACCCCUGUCAUCGUCAGCAUGACAUGUUGACAAUGUUUGACUAGGCU